AUGGAUGCCAAGAUCGUCGCCGUGCUGGCCCUGGUGCUGGCGGCGCUCUGCCUCAGCGACGGGAAGCCCGUCAGCCUGAGCUACAGAUGCCCUUGCCGAUUCUUCGAGAGCCACGUUGCAAGAGCCAACGUCAAGCAUCUCAAAAUCCUCAACACUCCGAACUGCGCCCUUCAGAUCGUGGCCAAGCUGAAGAACAACAACAGACAAGUGUGCAUCGACCCCAGGCUGAAGUGGAUUCAGGAAUACCUGGAGAAAGCUUUAAACAAGAGGCUCAAGAUGUGA